GUCAGUAGAGUGGCUGACUAGUGUUGACUGCCACUGACAUGUUUGAGUGACGCAUAUACAUGUACAUGAUAGACUAAAUGGGUCACCAAGCAGAACGUGCUUAUCCUUUAAGAUGUGAACAAGACGGUAAUGUUAAAGACUGCCAAGAGCAACAAUGUGACCCCAUGUAAGCAGCUCAUGGACAUUGAUCCUGAGGUGUCGCCUUGUCAGUUUGCAAAGGGUUUCACAUACACACUGAGAUGGAAAUGGCGAAGGAAACUUACAUCUAUAUGGCGCCGGCUGCACGUGCAGGGAGCGUGGUGCGGGACUUUGGGGCAGUUAAGACAACUCUGUUGGUGGUCUUCUUACCCCUGGUGCUUUUACCGCUACCCAUACUCUCAGACUCUACGGAGGCAAAAUGUGCCUAUGGUCUUGUCCUAAUGGCAGUGUUUUGGAUCACGGAAUGCAUUCCCCUUCCGGUGACCGCUCUUCUCCCUGUGGUUGUCUUCCCUUUAUUCGGGGUCAUGAAGGCAUCUGACGUUGCCGGGAACUACAUCAAGCAAGCAACAAUGUUUAUAAUUGGGGGUCUUACACUGGCCAUUGCCAUCGAGAAUUGUCAACUCCACAAGAGGAUCGCAUUGAAGACACUCACCUUAUUUGGGGUUCAACCAAGAUGGUUGAUGCUUGGUUUCAUGCUGCCGACGUGGUUUCUGUCUUUGUGGAUCAGCAACAUCGCCACCACCGCCAUGAUGAUCCCGAUCGUCAAUGCUGUCCUGGACGAACUUCGGAAGAUCAAAUACAAGUCAAAUGAAGAAAUGUUGAAAGGAGAGAUCGAGCUAAAGCCAGGUGAGAAGCAACAGAGAUUAAACCUGCCGUUGAAGUAUGAGACAAGCAGCAGCAGCCAAAGGAGUGACGCUGACGUGAUUGGCACAGAUGAAGAGAAAGAUGACACAACACUCAGAGAGAACAAUGUAACCGCGGCCUCUCCUCCAGGGUUUGACCCGUCCGAUAGAAGCCGUGACACCAUGGAGUUUACCCGUCUUUGUAAGGGCUUCUGUCUGUGCAUUGCUUACUCAGCCAAUAUUGGCGGCAUCGGGACACUGGCGGGUUCAGCACCAAACGUCAUCAUGCAGGUUCAAGCAGACAUAAUCUUUAACACGUAUGGACUUGAGUCGGGAGUGAACUUUGUAAAUUGGAUGGUAUUCGCCCUGCCUGUGUCGUUGCUGUGUAUCAUGUUGGCGUGGAUGUGGCUACAGACGCUGUUCCUUGGGAAGUCAUCUCUUCUGUGCUGCACAGCUAAGCCACGUGAUGGGAACGAGGCAGUUGGGUACCAGAUCAGACGGGAGUAUGAGAAACUAGGCCGCAUGUCAUUUGCCGAAAAGGUUGUUCUCGUUCAUUUUGUCAUCCUGGUUCUUGCAUAUCUAACGAUGUCGAUACCCUACGUCGGUGGGUGGGGGCAGUUCUUCCCAAAGGGGUACAUUGGAAGUUCUGUGUCUGCCAUCUUGGUGGCCGUCAGUCUUUUCGUCUUUCCGUCUAAACGUCCUUCUGUCUUCUGUUGGCGGAGAUCAGGUGAAGCCUCACGAUCCGUACCCUCACUACUGACCUGGAAAACAGUGGAGAGGGGGAUGCCCUGGGGUGUUCUGCUGCUGAUAGGUGGAGGGACUGCGCUCGCUGAUGCAUCUCAGAAAUCAGGGCUGUCCCAGUGGAUUUGCAACCAGCUGACGGUGUUCAGUUCCCUUGACCCCAGCAUCACGAGCUUGCUGUUGUCUUUGCUCGUCGCAGCGGUUACCGAGGUGACCACCAACAUAGCCACCGUUACAUUGUUCCUGCCAAUCCUGGGAAACCUGGCCCUUUCUUUGAACGUGAACCCCUUGUGUCUCAUGUUUCCCUGCGCUGUCGCAGCCUCCUUCGCCUUCAUGUUGCCCGUGGCAACGCCGCCAAACGCCCUUGUGUUUGCCACUGGUUAUGUCAAAGUAACAGACAUGGCUAUAGCUGGUGUUGGUAUGAACGUGGUGUGUGUGUUGGUGCUGGCCCUAGCAACCAACUCGUGGGGCGACGCCUACUUUGAUCUGUUCACACUCCCGCAGGGGUUUCCUGUGAAUUCUUCUGCAGUUGCUCUCUGAUUCCUCCUCAGUGAUUUUCACCGAAACAGUUUUUAUGGCGUGCCAGGUUAAGAAUGCCUUGUUAAAAAAGACGUAGCGGACUUCACUUCGGGGAUACAUCUUCUGGACACUAUACAUCACUAGAUAGAAGUUGGACAGUCAGGACCAAGUUACUCAAGCAGGGCCUGUACUGACUUCACUCAACGCCGUCAUAUAGCUGGAAUAUUGCUGAGUGCGGCGUUAAACAACAAAUAAACAAACUUCACUCAACUGUUUCGGUCAGUAAUUAGCUGACAUGAAUCGGACAGUGGAGCCGUUUCGUGACAGAUAUAGGGCCAAUUUUGCGCCUUGUGAUACAUGCAUGAACAGUCGUAGAUAAUGACAUUCAUAUAUUUUCAUAUAUGGGCCACCCCAGAAAUCUAAUAUGGACACCAUUGAGGACUGAAACUCUAAUGAACUCUAAUGUGAACAUGACCCACAACCUGAAUAUUUAAAGAAAAAUUGAACAUUUUGGAAUGUAUUUACCCAACACUGCAUCUGUUACGUAAAUAAUUUAUCAUAAUAGACUAUGUAUGUUGAUUUAGGUGAAAAAUAUAAAAUAUGCAUUUCCUACUUUUUCGGCAAAUCUUUAAGACAUACUUCAUGAAGGCCAAUUAUCUAUAUCAAUAGUGAAUACUCAUGAUGAAUACAAUGACAUCAACAAAAUAUUUUAGGAACCAAAUCUGGAUUUACUGGUAAUGCUUGGUUAGGAACAAUUAAAUUAACAGUGGCCAGCAUGAAAUGCAACUCUUUGACAGCUUGGUACUUUGCAGCUCUUUGUCGUGUUGGUACUAUGCAGCUGAUGAAGGAGAAAUCAAUUCAUCAUUUACUGAUGAAUCAAUUACUCUACCUUUCUUAGUGAGUAAGUCUUUGCGACCCAACCAUUCAUUAAUACCACAAUGACAGGCAUCAUGUUCAUCACAUCCUGUUUGGUUUGUACAUCACCAGUGAGAUUGAAAGCCUCUGUUGCUUCAUCACACACAUUCGAUGUUUCCCACGCUGUUUGUUUCCAUAUCCCGCAUGGUCUGGUCGCAGCCGGUAAAGCUAGAAGUGAACUGGCUUUCUCUGGCCCAUGAAAUACAGCAAGUACAUGAACAGCCAAAGAUCUGAAUUGUUUGCCAGUUCCAAAAGCUAUCCAGAGGUGAGACACAUCCAUUCUGUCAAACAAUGCAACUACAAAUGUAGUGUUAGGUAAAUACAUGCCAAAAUGUUCAUUUUUCACAAUAUAUUUAGAUUGUGGGACAUGUUCAAACGAGACAUACCAAAAUGUCAUUUCUCCAUGGCGGCCAUAUUGGAUAUUUUUGAACGGACCCAUCUCUAAAAAUAUUUGCAAUGCCAUUACCUACAACUGUGCCAAUUGUCAUGAUUUUAUCACAAAGUGCACAAAUGUUCAUGUAUAUGUUUUGCUUGUCAACUUCUCAAUGUCACCAUCGUGAUUCUUGAUAAAUGAACAUAUUCUUCUUCUUCUUCUAAGACACAUAGACAUAGACGCUAAGAAAUGCAUGUCAAACUUUUUCUCUUAAAUGACCAUUGCACAGUUACACUGGAUCAGUUUAACCUUGAUUUUGUAGACUUCCUGCUUCUACAAUUAACGCUCUUGUGGAUUCAACUUUAGAAUACGUCCCCAGUUACCAAUGUAUGUCGUAGGACAUAUGUAUAUGUAUAUAUGUAUGAAUGUACGUACGUACGUAUGUAUGUAUGUCUGUUUUUGUAUGUGUGUGUACACGGAGUAAUCAAAAGAUUUUAAACUAACAAAUGAAAAGACUUUAAAUUUGACAAAUCUUGUCAUUUUCAGUGAAAGUACAUGUGUAAUGAUUUUAAGUUUUGAAAUGAGUUCUUUUAUUGAAGUUUAUGAUCUUCCCAAAUAGAUAAUACUGUUUAUAUUAUGAUAGGGAAUAAUUUUAUUUUGAUAUGUUUAUCAGUAUAGUGUAUUUUGACAUUUAUUCAGCAUUUGAUUAUGUUAAUUUUCAAUGCAUAAUGUUCAAAUGUUUAGUUUUGAAUUGCUAAAACAAAACUAGGAGGGAGGAGUGUAAGAGAUCGCGCUCCCUAAUGUACAUCGAACAUUCUCAUACAAUGUAUGCUCCCUCUUGUAACAUCAUGGCGAUCAUUCCGUUGAUCAGCAAAUGUACACGCAAACAUUAUGAACUAUAUAAACUGUUCUAAAGAC